AUGAAGGAGCACAAGAUGCUGGUAACAAAAGAAGCAGAAGGAAGUAAAGCGCACGAGACAAGGAACUCCCCCAAGGGUGACGAGUCAGCAGCUGGACCUGAGAGCACCCGGACGACAGUGUGGACCACAUCAACUAUGAGCGAACCAACGCUGCUGCUCCCAGUUACAAAAGGAAGAAUGACUCCAGUCCCGACAGAGACGACCCUCACAUUCCCGUCACCAAGGCCAACAGGAAGAGCCACGUACCCCACUAGAAAUCACCGAAAAAAGAUGCCUCUUCCGAUAAAUUCUCCAACUACCCAGACAAGCUCUCCACUGACAGUAUUCAAGGUGCAGCAUGCUGAGGGCAAGACCUCGUAUGCCACAGUAGUGGACCUUGAAGAACAGUAUCCCCAGCUCAAGAUACAAGCAAAGCCAAACCUCAGAAGCAAAUAUAUUCUGAGACCCAAAGAAGAAAUUGCUGAAACUAUCUUGAAGAAACACAGAAUGCGACGAACUCAAGCCACAGGACAAAAUACGGAAAACUCAAAAGCUGCACCUCAAAUAUUAGGACAAAAGCAGUGGAAUGACAACGUGGAAAUAGUUACCACAAUUGUGUAUCUAAGAGCAGUAGCUAAAGCGAAAGUCCAACUCUUGCCCCCACGAAUUCUAUUCUUGCAGCGAGUACUUCUUUCGCAGCGAGUUCUACUGCGGCAGCGAGAGUUCUACUGCGGCAGCGAGAGUUCUACUGCGGCAGCCGUGCCUGGUCCCUGCCUGGUCUAUGAGGCUGAUACAGUUGAACAAAUUUGCUUGUUGAACGAUGAAGAGACAGAACGUGUCAACACUGCUGGGGAAGAGACAGAACGUGUCAACACUGCUGGGGAAGAGACAGAACGUGUCAACACUGCUGGGGAAGAGACAGAACGUGUCAACACUGCUGGGGAAGAGAAAGAACGUGUCAACACUGUUGGGGAAGAGACAGAACUUGUCAACACUGCUGGGGAAGAGAAAGAACUUGUCAACACUGUUGGGGAAGAGACAGAACGUGUCAACACUGCUGGGGAAGAGAAAGAACUUGUCAACACUGUUGGGGAAGAGACAGAACGUGUCAACACUGCUGGGGAAGAGAAAGAACUUGUCAACACUGCUGGGGAAGAGACAGAACGUGUCAACACUGCUGGGGAAGAGAAAGAACGUGUCAACACUGUUGGGGAAGAGACAGAACUUGUCAACACUGCUGGGGAAGAGAAAGAACGUGUCAACACUGCUGGGGAAGAGAAAGAACGUGUUAACACUGCUGGGGAAGAGAAAGAACGUGUCAACACUGCUGGGGAAGAGAAAGAACGUGUCAACACUGCUGGGGAAGAGACAGAACGUGUCAACACUGCUGGGGAAGAGACACAACGUGUCAACACUGCUGGGGAAGAGACACAACGUGUCAACACUGCUGGGGAAGAGACACAACGUGUCAACACUGCUGGGGAAGAGAAAGAACGUGUCAACACUGCUGGGGAAGAGACACAACGUGUCAACACUGCUGGGGAAGAGACACAACGUGUCAACACUGCUGGGGAAGAGACAGAACGUGUCAACACUGCUGGGGAAGAGAAAGAACGUGUCAACACUGCUGGGGAAGAGACAGAACGUGUCAACACUGCUGGGGAAGAGAAAGAACGUGUCAACACUGCUGGGGAAGAGAAAGAACGUGUCAACACUGCUGGGGAAGAGACAGAACGUGUCAACACUGCUGGGGAAGAGACAGAACGUGUCAACACUGCUGGGGAAGAGACACAACGUGUCAACACUGCUGGGGAAGAGAAAGAACGUGUCAACACUGCUGGGGAAGAGACACAACGUGUCAACACUGCUGGGGAAGAGAAAGAACGUGUCAACACUGCUGGGGAAGAGACAGAACGUGUCAACACUGCUGGGGAAAAGAAAGAACGUGUCAACACUGCUGGGGAAGAGACAGAACGUGUCAACACUGCUGGGGAAAAGAAAGAACGUGUCAACACUGCUGGGGAAGAGAAAGAACGUGUCAACACUGCUGGGGAAGAGACACAACGUGUCAACACUGCUGGGGAAGAGACACAACGUGUCAACACUGCUGGGGAAGAGAAAGAACGUGUCAACACUGCUGGGGAAGAGACACAACGUGUCAACACUGCUGGGGAAGAGAAAGAACGUGUCAACACUGCUGGGGAAGAGACAGAACGUGUCAACACUGCUGGGGAAAAGAAAGAACGUGUCAACACUGCUGGGGAAGAGACAGAACGUGUCAACACUGCUGGGGAAAAGAAAGAACGUGUCAACACUGCUGGGGAAGAGAAAGAACGUGUCAACACUGCUGGGGAAGAGACACAACGUGUCAACACUGCUGGGGAAGAGACACAACGUGUCAACACUGCUGGGGAAGAGAAAGAACGUGUCAACACUGCUGGGGAAGAGAAAGAACGUGUCAACACUGCUGGGGAAGAGACAGAACGUGUCAACACUGCUGGGGAAAAGAAAGAACGUGUCAACACUGCUGGGGAAAAGAAAGAACGUGUCAACACUGCUGGGGAAGAGACAGAACGUGUCAACACUGCUGGGGAAAAGAAAGAACGUGUCAACACUGCUGGGGAAGAGACAGAACGUGUCAACACUGCUGGGGAAAAGAAAGAACGUGUCAACACUGCUGGGGAAAAGAAAGAACGUGUCAACACUGCUGGGGAAGAGAAAGGAACAACGGGCCACUCCCAAGCCAGUAGCAACCCCCAAGCCAGUAGCAACACCCAGGACAGUAGCAACUCCCAAGCCAGUAGCAACACCCAGGACCGUAGCAACACCCAAGCCAGUAGCAACACCCAAGCCAGUAGCAACCCCCAAGCCAGUAGUAACCCCCAAGCCAGUAGCAACACCCAAGCCAGUAGCAACACCCAAACCAGUAGCAACACCCAAGCCAGUAGCAACACCCAAACCAGUAGCAACACAGAGGACAGUAGCAACACCCAAGCCAGUAGCAACACAGAGGACAGUAGCAACACCCAAGCCAGUAGCAACACCCAAGCCAGUAGCAACACAGAGGACAGUAGCAACACCCAAGCCAGUAGCAACACCCAAGCCAAUAGCAACACCCAAGCCAGUAGCAACACCCAAGCCAGUAGCAACACCCAAGCUAGUAGCAACACAGAGGACAGUAGCAACACCCAAGCCAGUAGCAACACCCAUGCUAGUAGCAACACCCAAGCCAGUAGCAACACCCAAGCCAGUAGCAACACCCAAGCCAGUAGCAACACCCAUGCUAGUAGCAACACCCAAGCCAGUAGCAACACCCAAGCCAGUAGCAACACCCAAGCCAAUAGCAACACCCAAGCCAAUAGCAACACCCAUGCUAGUAGCAACACUCAAGCCAGUAGCAACACCCAAGCCAGUAGCAACACCCAAGCCAAUAGCAACACCCAAGCCAGUAGCAACACCCAAGCCAGUAGCAACACCAAAGCCAGUAGCAACACCCAAGCCAGUAGCAACACCCAUGCUAGUAGCAACAUCCAAGCCAGUAGCAACACCCAAACCAGUAGCAACACAGAGGACAGUAGCAACACCCAAGCCAGUAGCAACACCCUCAAUUAA